AUGAAGAAAGUACUUCGAAAAUUGCAAGAGAUGAAAGGGGUUUGCCAUCGGCUUAGAAAUUCUUAUGGGUGUCUGGAUAAGAAGGUGGCUUCUUUAAAGACGGAACUUGAUGUUGCUCAAUUGGCUUGUGAUCUAGAUCCGUUUAAUGAUAUGCUGAAAGAGGACAUUGCUCACCUCUUGUUAGCAUAUCAACAAGCUAGGAAUGAUCACUUGGAAAUGGUUCGACAAAAAGCAAAGAUUUCUUGGUUAAAUGAAGGGGAUGGUAACUUUAAGUUCUUCUUUCAUGCCAUGAGAGAGAAGCGCAAUAGGAGCCAUAUUGCUACUAUUACGGAUUCUUUUGGUACUGUUUUUGAACAUCAUGAUGUUCCAAAAGCAUUUGUUAAUCAUUUCGAAGGUAUUCUGGGUGCUUCAAAUACGUUGGUUCAUCCUUCUUUGGCGGAUUGUUCUUUUGCUCACUCUUUAUCUUUAUCGGACUCUCUGCAUUUAAUCAGACCUAUUACGGAUAUGGAAAUACAGAAUGCUCUUUUUGAUAUUGGGAAUGACAAGGCUUCAGGUCCUGAUGGGUUCUCGUCAAAGUUCUUUAAAGUGGCUUGGAGUGUGGUUGGUAGGGAUGUUCUUAUUGCGGUUACCAGAAACUCCAGGGGGCGCCAAAAAUGUGCAUUUAAGAUUGAUAUACGGAAAGCUUAUGAUACAGUUGACUGGCAGUAUCUUCUUGGGAUGCUAAAGGGAAUGGGCUUUCAUCCAGUUAUGCUUAAUUGGAUAAARUCUCUAAUCUCAUCGCCAACAUUCUCUAUUUGUGUUAAUGGUCAGCCGGAGGGUUUCUUUCAUGGAAGGCGGGGACUUCGACAAGGGGAUCCAUUAUCUCCUUACUUGUUCACGGUGGUUAUGGAAGGAUUGUCGAUGAUUUUAAAAAAAUGUAUUGAUGAAGAGGUGAAUUUUGCGUACCAUCAAGGAUGUGAUGAAAUCAAGCUGACCCAUUUAUGUUUUGCGGAUGAUCUUUUUGUCUUUUCUCGGGGGGAUGCUACUUCAGUUGAAGUGAAAAAACGAGCUCUCCAAAUGUUUGAGGAAGGUUCGGGUUUGUCACCGAGUCUCGAAAAAAGUGAAGUGUUUUUCGGGAAUGUCGGGUUGGAUGUUCAAGAUAUCAUUCGCAACUGCCUUUCUUUUCGUCCGGGGGUAUUUCCUAUUCGCUACCUUGGAGUUCCUCUCUCUCCAGUUASAUUGAAGUACCAGCAGCCACAAUCCAUGAAAUUGAACAGCUGUUCCGUAAUUUUUUAUGGAAUAAAGCGGAGGGUGAGCUGGGAAAAUGUCGAGUAUCUUGGGAUAGGGUUUGUUUACCUAUUAAAAAUGGAGGACUGGGUUUCUGAGUCAAAGUUGCCGUAG